CCUUAUCUCUCUCUCUGCUUCCUAGGCCCAGAGGAGCUGAGGCAGUGAGAUGGCUGACUGCUAUACAGAGCUGGAGAAGGCACUUGUUGUCCUGGUAGAAAACUUUUAUAAAUAUGUAUCCAAGCACAGCCUGGUCAAGAACAAGAUCAGCAAGUCCAGUUUCCGAAAGAUGCUCCAGAAAGAGCUGAACCACAUGCUGACGGACACAGGGAACCGAAAGGCAGCUGACAAGCUCAUCCAGAACCUGGAUGCCAACCAUGACGGGCGCAUCUGCUUUGAUGAAUACUGGACCAUGAUUGGUGGCAUCACCAGCCCCAUGGCCAACCUCAUCCGUGAGCAGGAGUGCCAGCAGGAGUGCCAGCAGGAGAGCCAGCAGGAGAGCCAGCAGGAGAGCCAGCAGGAGCAGCAGGGCAGCAGCUAGAGGCCCCUCUCAGGACCCUUUUCAUGUCCUGACCCAUGUCCUGCCAAUGUUCUUUCCAUGCUUUUGACUCUUUCUUCCCUUCUCCCUCCAGACCUGUUCCUAUCCUAGCUGAACAGCACAAGGUGGGCGGGGGGCUAUCAAGGCCUCUUUGUGAGCAUCUCACUGUGGUAGUGCUUCCCUGAGCAUUCAGUCCCUGGAGCCUGUAGGCCCUGGGGGGUCCCCUUUGUGAAAUAUCGAUGCUGUUUGGGGGCCCCCAAGACUUUUCCCACUUGUCGAGUCUGUGUGCUCUUGCAGUGUCUGAUGUUCUUGUCUGAUUCUUGCCUGAUUCUGAGUUUGUCCUGACCUCUAGAGGUCAGCUUGCUGCUUGAGGUCUCCCAGCUCCUGGCUGUGGCAGCUGUGGUGGUAGCAGUACCAGAAUUAGCCUCUUCUCUUCCUUCCAAACUCAUAGCUGGGUAGAGAGGCAUUCCCAGGGGCUCCUGCCCAGCUGUCUCUGUCUGGGAAUGACCUAACCUGGGUUGAGCCCCCUCUCUGCUCUUCCACCGAAAUAAAUGCUGGAUUUGGAGUUUGUAA